AAAGAAAUAAAAAUUAAUAAGCUUCUGUUAGCUUGUACUAGUAUUAAAUACCAUGUUCACAAUUUACUGAGGAAACUUGAUCGAUGCCUUGCUUAUACUUAUUUAUUUUUUUUAGUCUCGUAAUUAAGCGGUAAUCUGUAUGUGCAAAUUUUGGAAGGUCAUGGUCACUCACAAAGUUACCACAUUUAUUAUGUUGACCUUUUGAAUUUCCCUGCGAGCAGCGAGUCGAAAAGAAGUAGCUCUGGGACGGGUGCAGUAUGACUACGUCCCGAGCGGAACAAGCGCGAAGGGAUUUGCGGGACGACAGUAUGUGUCUCCUGGAUGCUUCGCGAAGGCCUUGCCGAAGUGGAACGCGAACAAGUUGCACAGGCAAAAUGCGACAAGAAGCGCUACCAAAUCUCCAAUAUUCCCUUUUUGGGAACGGAUGUGAUACCGCGCAUAGAAGAUAUAGUUCCAAAGCCAAGGGUUAUUUACGAAAAUGAUUCGGAUUACAUUAGGAUGUGCAAACGCGGAGGAAGACCGGAUUUGAUAUGGUGGUAUCCUGACUACCCAGUGGACAGUGUCACGCCAGAAGAAAGUGCUGCCAAAGGUUUAGCGCCUAAACAUCUUGACUGGUCCAUGCAUCUCUCCUCCUUUUUGCCCAGUCCACAGGAAGAGUUUCUAAAAAACAGAAAAUUCGCUCCGUGUCAAAAACCAGACCCUGAAAAACUUCAUCGCCUGGAUCCAACAAAACUUCCCACAGCAACCGGGAAGCCAAGAGAGUACACGUGGGAAGCGGGCAUGCAGCGCCAACCACCCAACAUGUACGGAUUAAUCACCAAUGGCUAUGUAAAGCCGUACCAAGUGGAGAUGAGAAAACGUCAUUACUUCCAGAGCCUGUUUGACAGACCGCAAAACGAAGACGAAAAACUGCAAGAGGAGCUUUAUGAACAGCAACGCCGGCACAAUGAUGUUCUCAGGGAGAGAGCAGCGCGCUUCAACCGCUUGUCAAAAGGUCAACAUUCAUGGACACCGGAGGAAAGGGAGAAAACCAGCAAAAGCCUGUUUCCGCGAGGUUAUGGACGAGGCGUGCGCGCGCCUUCGCUGUUGCCAAACCGAACAUCGAAAACAAAAUACUAACAUCACAUACCGAUUAAAACUGUUGAUCCUUGUUUCACCUACUAUAUCUUACAGUGCAACAAACACUGCACCACUUCGUAUUAGGGAUUAAUUUCAAACUUUUCUGUGCUGCCGGUUUUCUGAGAUGCGAAUCAACCAUCAUAAUAAUUGUUAUUUUGUAUAUUAUGUUAUAAUCGACCGGAGCGUAGCGAAGGUCCUCUAUUUCAAGUACUCUGACAGAUCAAAUAAUUAAGUUUGUAAUAAAUUAUUAAAGUGUAUUAUACAUGCUAUACUCAAAGGAAAUGCUGCGCUCCGGUCUGCCAAAUGCACGCCAACGUGCAUUUUUCCUAGUGUUAUACAUCUUUUCUUGCGUGUGGCAUAACGCAUCCCUGACAAAUAAUAGCUUUAUUACAACUAUGCAGUAUGCACACAAUAAAAUUUUGUUCCA